AUUCCAAACAUUACAGCAAAUUCAAGAGCACAAACUUGGCUUCUCAUGUGGCGGUUUUUUUCCUCCGUCGCCACGGCAACCGAAAAGGCUCAGGGCGAUUAGCGCCACCCGGUGAGGAGGCCCGGCGUCUUGAGUCCACACUGACCUACAUGCCUCUGUAGGACGAGCAUGGCUGGCCAGCAGGACAGCAGGAGGACCAAGGGCUGGGGUCACAUCGCCCUGCUGGACAAGACCAGGGAGUUCUUCCAGACGUGCGAUGUGGAGAGCAAAGGCUUCAUCACGCGCACUGACAUGAGGAGGCUCCACAGGGAGCUGCCGCUGUCUGCUGAGGAGCUGGAGGACGUCUUUGACUCCCUGGACACGGAGCACAGUGGAUACCUCACGCUGGAGGCCUUCUCUUCUGGAUUCAGUCAGUUCCUUCAAGGCCGGCGGAUUUCGAUGCCCGACGAGCCGAACCAGGCAACUGGUUCAGGGUUCAGAACCAAGGAGGCCCUCUACCAGAGCCAAUGGGAAGCCAAGCUGUCAGGCGGCGAAGACGAGGAAGAGCACUUCUGUAUGCUGCUGGAGAGCUUGGGAGCGAGUCAUGUGUUUGAGGACCCGGACGAGGUGCGGAGCCUGUGGGCUCAGCUCAGGCGGGACGAGCCCCACCUGCUGUCCAACUUCGAGGAGUUCCUCGCCAGGGUCACCCAUCAGAUAAAGGAGGCCCACCAGGAGAAGCGUGAGAUGGAGAGCGCCCUCCAGAGGAAGGCGGCGACGCACGACAGCGAGAUCCGACAUCUGUACGAGGAGAUGGAGGCGCAGAUCAAAACGGAGAAAGACAAGCUCCUGCUGAAGGACUCAGAACGCCUCCAGUCACGGAGCCAGGACUUGGAGCACCAGCUGUCUUCUAAGGAGAAAGAGCUGGAGCAUCUUUUCCAGAAGCAGAAGAGGUUGGAGCUGCAGUGCCGCGAGCUGAACAGCGAGAAGCAGGAGAGCCACGUAGAGAACGUCAAGCUGAAGACGACCAACGACGAGCUGUCGCGAGCGCUGGAGACCACCAGCCAGGAGCUGCUGGUUGCCCAGGAGCAACUGGCCAUGCUGCAGGAGCAGGCGGCCAGGCUGCACCAGGAGAAGGAGAUGGAAAUGUACCGGGUUACAGAAGGACUCCAGAGAGAGAAGCAGAGCCUGAUGAAGCAACUUGACCUCCUCAGAGAGAUGAACAAACACCUAAAGGACGAUCGGGACAUACGUAGUGGAGUGCCGAGAACAUCCCUAAGAAAGAAGCAGAAGCAGAGAGCCAGCCUGACCAACAUAUUUGACGACAGCAACCAGCCUGUGAAAAGAUCUCCUGUGGUGCUGGAGGGCUCCUACGAGUCUCUGGAGGCCUUGCCUGUAGAGCACCUUCAAAUCGUGUUUGUUGCUUCCUCCUCCUGUAGUGAGGACGACGCCACCGCUGCCAUCAACUCCUCGGGGGUGAAGAAGAGCGUCGGGUUGUCCAACGGCUACAUGGGCCCUGCCCCAGCUAAGUUUCACAAUAUGAGGACCAAGGCCAAGAAGGCCAUUGCCAGGUCCUCCAGCUUGAGGAGGACCGCCAGGGAGCGAGCCAAGAGGCCGGAGGCGGAGAGGAAGACAGAUGUCGGGGAUGAGGAGCUGGAUGCGCCCCCGGACGGGUGGCCUUUGAGGCGUGUCAUCUCCAUUGAAGAGGACCACCUGCCCCACCUCCUCCAAGGUGGACCCCAGCUGUUGCUGCACCAGCUCAGCGAAGAAGAGGAUGCAGAGGAAGCACAGAGCGAUUUGGACUCCAGCGUCGUCUUGGCGACGCAGUCACAGAAGCUCCAGUUAUUCCGAAAAAAGACCCCCAUGUCACCACGGGGGCAACCUGUAGGAAAGGAGACCCAGCAUGCAGAAGAGGCGCCCUUGUUGGGGCCGAGCCGCCUCUUUAAAGUGGUCCUGGUGGGAAACUCCAGCGUGGGCAAGACGUCACUUCUGCGCUCUUUCUGCGAAGGACAUUUCCACCCGUCCACCACGGCCACUGUGGGGAUUGACUUCAGCGUGAAGAUCUUAACCCUCAACAAUAUGCAAGUAGCCAUGCAGCUGUGGGACACGGCAGGUCAAGAGAGGUACCGCAGCAUCACCAAGCAGUUUUUCCGCAAGGCCGACGGCGUGGUGGUGAUGUACGACGUCACCAUGGAGGAGAGCUUCAAGGCCGUGAGUCCGUGGCUCGCCAACGUCAAGGAUGCUGCUGGAGAAGGGGUCCAAAUCCUGUUGCUGGGCAACAAGAUGGACAUGGAUGCAGACAGGGAGGUGUCCUUAAAAGAGGCAGAACAACUGGCUCAGGAGAGCAAGGUGAUGUUCUACGAGGUCAGCGCCUACACGGGAAAGAACGUGACCGAGUCCCUCACUCACCUGGCCAGAGUGUUGAUGGAGCAAGAGGACAAGGUUCGAGACACCACUGUCAUUCUGAGCGCUCAGCCCUUAAGGAAGAAAGCCUGCUGCAAGUGAAGAUGUGGAGGUCAACUUUUGACUAACACGUUAAGCAAAGACUCAGACAUUAGGAUGUUUGUGUCCUGCAAAUUACGGAUGUGUGCUAAUUUCUGUUUUUUUUUGGAAGGUGGUGGAAGUACAGCAAUUUACAGAAGGGGAGCAUCUUGAGAAAAAUUAGGGAAAAUCAGGCAUAUGAAGUUUAUGUUGAGUUGUAGAACAACUGCUUUUGAAGUGUGAGACACAGGACUUCACAGGAGGUAUGGUAGCUUGUCAAAAUAAAGAAACAUUUAUCCAUUAAAAAAUAAAAAUAAAUAUUUCCUUCAGACAAAAGAUAUCUUUAGAAAAAAAAAACUAUAUUUUCUGUCAAAUAUUAUAGCUCAAACCUUAUUAGUAAAAAAAAUAUUAACAUGAUUUUUUUUACCCCUCAUAUAUAUAAUUGGGGUCUCUCAAUCCAAUAUUUAUAACAGACAUCGUAACAAGUAUGGUAUUAUAUGUGUGACAUAAUGUGCGAUACAAGCAGUGUGUUUACAAAAGGUAAACAUGACAGGCUAUAGGCUACUAGGAGCUCGCAUCUACACAACAGAUGCCAACUGAAAAAAUAUAGACGAGUAUCAAAUAAUUAUAGUUACAUAUUACUUACUCAUACAAAGUCGGGAAGGCAGAAAAGUGUUAGAAAGUAUCCAGUAACAAACGUGUCUGCAUCAGUAGUUUAAUAAUUAUUAUUCCACUUUAACUUAAAACCAGCAUAAGUCCACUUCAGACGAUUAAUAAAUAGGUUAGUGUUUUUCAUGCCUACCGUUGCUCUCUAAUGUCACUUGAUCCAACAUUUUCUAACACUGCACACUCAAAAUCAGGGGUCCCCAAACUACGGACCACGGGCCGGAUGCUGCCGCCAGCAUCCAAAAUCCGGCCCGCGGGAAGUCCCAAGUUUAAAAAAAAUAUAUAUUAUAAUUCUAAUUAUUAUUUUUUGAAAUCUGUCUUUUCUAAUCCAUUUUCCACCGCUAGUUACACUCGGUGUCUCCUAGCCGCUCAGGUAAAUCAUAUUGUCGAAAAAUCUUUGCUCCCAUCGAAAAUGUGACAUCAUUGCGUUCGCGCUGCAGUGUCGGACGAGCACGCUCUUUCAGUCAAUUAGUGG